AUGGGGGGAGACAGGAGGAGGGGUAGGGGCGGUGGCGGGGGGGGGAGGGGGGGGGUGUGGCAGUGUGGAGGGGGGGGGGAGGGGGUGGGUGGGUGGGAAGUGGGGGGGGGGGGGCGGACGGAGAGAGUGGGGUGUGGGUGGCUGAGGGGGGGAUGGGAGGGGGGGGGAGAUGGGAGGGUAGGGGGUAGUGUUUCGGAGAGUGGUGGGGGGAGGGGGGGGGGGAGGGGGGGUGGGGGGGGGGGGGUAGCGGAGCACGGGGAAGAGGGGAUGGGGCGGGGGAACCCUGGAGGAGGGGCGGAGGUAGGGGGGGGGGGGGGGAGAGGGGGGCGCGAGGUCGGGGGGGGAGGUGGGGGGGGUCGCAAGGGAGGGAAAGCGGGGAAGGGAGGGUGGGGGGGGGAGUGGGUGGGGGGUGGGGGGAAGGGGGUGGGGGUGGCGGGGGGAAACGGGGGGAGGUGCGAUGCGCGUAGGGGGGGCGAGGGGGGACCGGGGGGGGGGGAGGGAAAGGGGGGGACGGAGGAGGUAGUGGGGGCUUGGGUGCAAGGGGGGGGGUGGUGGGGGGAGGGGUUGGGGGUGUGGGGGGAGAGAAGGGGGGGUGGGAGGAUGGGGGGGAUCAGGGGGUCGGGCGGGGGGGGGAGGGGGGGCUAG